AUGGCAGAGGUGGGAGUCAGAAUAGCCCAAGAUCAGAACAUUGCAACAGUGUGGUUGUUAUCCAGUUUGGGAGCGUCCCACUCAGUGAAUGUGAAGAAAAGAGAGAUAGUCAAAGUUUCCAUUCCUCAUGCUUGCCAAAUAUUAGCAUCUGGGCAAGUAUCGAUGCCUUUACGCCAUACUGGACAGUUGUUAUACGGUGUCACAGUGUGCUAUGAACGGAAGACUGGAUUCAUUUUAGCAGAUGUUACCAGCUUGAGAGACGCAUUGCAAAGACAAUGGAUAGGUUUGAAACCUCUGGGGAAAAGUACUGGUGGUUCCGGUGGUCAUAACAAAACAAAAAUGGUACAGAACCAAGUCAUCACUGAAACUGGUGAUAAUUUCUUGCAGGAUGAUCCAAAUUUUGAUAUGAUGAUGCAAUUGAAGAUGGACAACAAUUUGGAUUUCCUCCUUAACGGAAAUAAUAAUACAAAUGACAGACAAAUUUUGACCAAUUCAACAAGGGCUCCAGUACUUGCCGAUAAGCAGGCAAUCAGGCAGGACGACAUGUGGAGAGAAAUGGAAAUUGGUAACGAGCCGUAUUUGAAUGCAAGAUCAAGAGGUAAUACGGUAAAUAGUGGUCAUGAUUUUCAUAUUAAUGGUGAUGCUGACGAAUAUGAGGAUGAUGAUUUGGCUCCCAUUGACGUAGAAUUGAAUUUCAGACUCGACGAAGUAUUAACUGACAAUGAAGCAGAGACCGCUAAUUUAAGUUCAGUGCACAGUGACCUUGGUCUGAAUUACGAUAACGAUGCGACUCAUGGAAUAGAUCUUGGUAUGCCAGUGCUUGAUGAAACAGAAACUUCUAAUCCACAUUUGCAACAAAUGAAAAGAAGAUUAGGUCUCGACAAUGAAGAUGAAGAUGAAGACGGGAAUACAUUAAACGAAGUAGAAGUAAACGCCAAAAGCACAAAAAAUAAAAAGCGAAGAACGGUGGCUAAUUGGUUCCAAAAGAUCAAGGUUGAUAGUACGAUUGGCUUAUUAACAGAUACAUUGCGCUACAAUCAUGAAAAUUACAAGGACAUUAUGAGAGAUUUACAUGCCCGUAGAUCGUCAAAAUCAAAACCUAUGAUCUCUGACUGGAAAGAAUUGUUUACUGAUGAAGAUCGGCCAAGGCAGAUGCUAAAUUUUUACUCUGAACUCUUCCAACCAUUGAGCUCUAUCAAUUUUCCGCAAGGUAGAAGAGGAAGAGUAAUGCACUCUGCAGGAGAUACGUCUAGAUCUAGCAGCGUUUUGAGUUUAGAACAUGGAAGAAGAAUGGACUUUUCGAACGUAUCCAGUAGUGGUGAUUCCAACAGGAUUCAUCUUCACAACUUACCUGAACAAAUAAACGAGUAUCCUGAGUAUAUGGACAUGCCAAUGGAUGAUCCCCAAUUUAUGGAACUUGAUAUCCCUCCCUCAAGUUUUGGUAGAAGCACAAACAGAAACUAUACUGCCAAUUCAGACAAUCUCGAAAACUUAAGAGGAUAUCCAAAUCGAAGAAGAGGAGCGAUAAGAGGAGACAGCGGUUCUGCGGACUACCUUUCAGGAUCAGAUUCAAUUCCACAGACAUUUAAUGAAAAUCAACAGCAGCUUAUCGUGCAUGAUAAGCAGACAGAAAAAUUCUUUCAAUAUAUUGUUGAGAGAGGACAACACAUAGGUAAAAGAACUGCCGCUUUCCCAGGUUAUUCCAGAAAAUUCCUUUUUGAAGAUAUUAUCCCAAGUAAGUUAAGUCAGGAAGAAGAUGAAGAGAUUAUACCUGUUACUAAAAGAAUUGCCUGUAAUGCCUUUUUGUCGCUUUUACAAUUGGCUACUUCGAGCAAGUUGAAAAUUGAUCUUUAUAAUGUAGAGCCUGAAAAGGUGUUCAGGGUACUAAAUGGAGAUGAUAUCAUUGUAUAUUGCUAA